CUUGGACGCUCUCGAGCCAGCAUGCUGUCUCCCUUCCCAUCUGCAUAUCAUUCUCUCAGUCUUCCCAAUCAGAAAUGAGCGACAAACAGUCCCUUCUCCCCACGCACAUCAACCACUCCACCUCCUCCCGCCUCUCAACACCCCGCAUCUCAUUCCCAUCUUCGUCCCAUUCUAGCAAAUCACUAUCCAGCUCCGAAUCACAAGAUACAAUACGCCCUGGAGUUGGAGGGAAAGCUCUAGAUCUAAGUGGCCGAAGCUUAGCGAGCGAAGGGGAAGAAGACGAUGAGGAAGUAGUCGGCGAAGGAUUACGGACAGGCAAAAGACCGGGCCUUCCGAAAGUAUCGCGCGAAUGUCUCAUAAGCGAGAUAAAAUGCUACGGCUCCUACAUGCUCCCCCCUUUCCUCAUCUUUGGCGUCCUCGCCAUCGGCCUCUGUCUCUUCUUUGUCGGUCUCAAGAGCGGAUGGUUCGAAUGACGACCCGCUUCGUCCCCUAAUUCUUACUGGAGAUGAGAUGCAUAUACAUCAGAU